AGAAGGGUUGGGGGGGGGUGCUGUCUCGCUUUCAUGUUGCAAUAAAAGUCUCCUAAAUAGAAAAAUUUCCUGAAUAUAUAAUUAUAUUUAAAAGAGGCUUUGUUGUUUAAAAACGCAUUAAAUUGCAUGUAAAAAAGUUCCUAAAACUAUACACUGAAUUUUGACUGCAAGAUAAGAGGUUGGGAGCAAGGCCUUGUAUCUUAUCAAAUGAUCUCUUUGGUACAGAGCACAAUAGUAUCAAGAAACUAAGUUAUAACAUGCAAAGGAGGUAUUGUGUAGAUAUGAUGCAACUUUGAAAACUUGUUUAAUCAACCUGUUUAUCUUAUUUUGUUUGUUUGGUAGAUUUUUUACGUUUGAUCAGACAGAUAAAAGCACAAUGAAUUAUGAACUUGAAAAGUGUCACUCAAUAUCCUUACAUUCCUUUCAAACACAACAAGAAUAACCUCGAGAUAUUUUCCGUUGCACGAUUGGUGCGCAGCUUCCUACCCUAGGGGCCAAAGCCACAGUAAAAGAGUGGGUUAGUAAAAGAGCGGGUAUCUCUUUCACAAAACAAAUUAACCUGUAUAGAUUUUGUCACCAUGGGCUCAAAUAUCUGUAGAACAAGUCAACUCAUUAUGAACUCGCAUGUUCCUGUCCUUCGAAAAUUAAUGUUUCUGAAUCCUCUUACACUCAGCUUUUGUUUGCCUCGCACAAAUAAAGUUCAUGUUCCAUUUACACACAAUUUCUCUUUUCAUGUUAAAUUUUAUUCAUUUGGCGAAUCGCGGGUUUCUUGAAAAUGAUUUUAGUAAUACAGUAUUCUCUCCAAUCAGCGGACACCGUCGGAGCCAGAGCAGGGUAUCCGCUAAUUGGAAGUGUCUGCCUUUUGGAAAGUUUUGCAAUAUAAGUCCCAAAGUUGAAAAUAGACCCUAGUUUUGUAUUUAAAAGGUGUAAUCAGUGGUGGCGCCAGGGGAGGGCUAGGGGGCUACAGCCCUUCCGUCGAAAGCACCUAGCCCCCCCCCCCAUCGGAGAAAAUUUUAGGUUUUUGUGGGAGCAAAUUUGACAAAGUAACGUACGAAAACAAAGCAUUUUAGCCCCCUGUCGGAAGCUCUAACCCCUCUGUCGGAAAAUUUCUGGCGCCACCUGUGGGUGUAGUCUGGGUAAUUAGUGGCUAUCGGGUUGAACUUAGACACUAAAAAAAUAACCAAAUGGAGCGUAACACAACACUUUCAUGGAUAAAAAAGUUUGUCAAUUGUCAAAGUGUUUGAAGUAAAUAUUCAUUUGUCUCAUUUUUUGUUCGCUUGCUCCUAAAUUUUUUUUGAACUGUCCGCUAAUUGAAAAGAAAAAUAAGCAAAUUGACUAUCUUGAGCAAACAAUAUUGCCUGUUAGUUAGAGCGUCCGCUAAUUAAGUGUCCGCUUUUUAGAAAGUUUUUUAUGAGACUUUGACCAGAAAACGAUCGGGGAAAAAAUUUGUCCGCUAAUCAGAGGUGUCCGCCUUUUAGAGUGUCCGUUAAUUGGAAAGAAUUCUGUAAUAGAAGGACUGACAGAGGACUAGCGAUAAUCAGUUAAGUCAAGCGUUUCUUCAUAAUUGUUUUGGCCACGUGGCAGUAUCAGCAAAAAGAAAGCAGAAAUGAUGUUAUCAAAUUGGUCUUGAAAAAAUAUUCUAUGCCUCUCAAUUGCAAAAAGCAUCAUGCGGCAUUGUUCAUUGGAAAAUGGCAUAGUGUAUUGCAACAAACAAUCGCAUAGAAAUUGUCUUAUAUUUGCGCGGUUGGUUUAUAUUCAGAAAGAAGUGAUAUUGUAGUGACGUACGUUUCGUCAUCGUUGGUGGAAAGGGAACGUUUUUAUAAGAGAUAAACUUUAUCAGGGGAGUCAUUUGUUGUAAUUAAGAGGCUGCUUAUAGGAAUGGGUGAAAAAGAGGGAGGAUGAAAGGGAGGCACGGUUUUAUAGCCAGAUGCGUUUAUAAUAGCAACAUAAAAUCAGGAAGGUUAUUUUAUAGAUUAGGUGCCGUUCGUCAUGCAGGCUGGCUGUAUUAUUUAGACAAAGAUCUAGGCCAAAAGCUCAACUUCAGCAUUUCGUCAUUAGCCAUAAGUGUGAAUGGAGAGCCUUGAAGCAGCCUUUUGUAGCUAAGGUACUUUAUUGAAAAAUGCGUAUAGGCACCUUUGAGAAUAUCUUUCGCAUUGACUAUAGAAAAAUGUAAAACAAAAUUGAAAUCAAAAAGCAAAAUUUUUGGCAUAGUUUUUCCUUCAACUUCUCUUGUAUUCUGCAAAAUAAGAUUUUUCAAUAUUUCUUCCUUUUGUUUUUUUACGUCCCAAGCUGUAUGGGGAUUACUGAAUCGAAACAGCUUUUUGUGCUUUUUAGGCCCAUUGGUAAUGUUAUUCUCUUAUCCUAUCCCGGGGAGAUUGGACCACAAUGGCCUAAUUGUGUGCUUGUUAAUUUAUUUUGCUUUGGAUUAUGUUUGCUUUGUUUUCUGAUGAAAUAACUGUGCAUUCUUGCAUGGAUUGAUAAUAGUACGUGAGGACUGCGUCAUGCUCCAAGUCUGUAUUUAUCUGUGUAGGAUUAUAAUUGCUUGUUAAUAAUCAAGUAUGGUUGACUCUCAAAAAGGCAAGUCUUUUCUUAUGUUUAAAUUUAAAUUCAUUAAGCCUGAUAAGCUUUUAUUUCAAGAGGUCUCGAUCUUGACAGACCCACGACCACACAGAUCAAUACCUGUACAAUUUUCAGUUUACCUACAUACAUUCCUAAACCAAUUGCAUCAUAUUUAUCUUAAUGCAUAAAUACAUGUAUUAAACGCAUCACUUUCAAGUUAUCUUUUUCUUUCUUUUUUUCUGAACUAAUUAUAUUUUGAGAAAUAUUGCACAUUUAAUUUUGCACUGAUUAUGGGCAAAAAGGAGUUAAAACUUCCGUGUGGGCUCAAAGUGCCAAGAAAAGCAAGGCCACGCGAUAUAUUUUCUAUCAUGCUUGCGUGCAAAAUAAGCUUGUUGACAAAAGCCUUUCUCUUGUACUUGGCUUUUAGUGCGCAUGUUCUCAUUGGCAACCUGGUGUUAUUGUGAAUGAUUUUAACACCAUCUUACAAUGUUUAUCUACACUGUGUCCUUCCAGUUUCAAUAAGAUUUGUCAUUUUCUUUGUCAAUUUAACAUGUUGUUGACCUGUUGUGUUAGUCCUAGUUGUUAUCCUCAUCCACGUUGCCACGAGAAAAUUGUGUUUGAACAGGAAUUCGAGAGGGCUUUCUCCGAGGGGCAAAUCACUCUAAGAAAAUCUCGUACACCUUUGUGAAAAUCGUAUUGUUUUUCAGAAAAUCCCCAGAAAUUCUUUUGUUUUAGGCAAAAUCUUGUACGCUAUUUGCAAGAGUGAAUCGCCCCUCGGCUUUCUCCAGUAGCCUUCAAUAGAUUUUACUUUUUGUUGCAUAUCAAUAAAUAUUUUAUCGAUAAGAUCUUUAUUUUAUCUAAAAUCAGUUUUAUUGACUAGUAUCAUAUCUCUGAUUUUACAUCAGGCGUCUUAAAAAUGGAAGUUUCGCUUGCUAAAUAAUAAUAAUAAUAAUAAAGUAAUAAUACAAAUAUUUACAGAGGAAGGCCUCAGUCACUCGAGGGUGCUUUUCAUGAGAGUCCUCUAAAACCUGUCUCUUGCCCCUCUUAGAUUAAACUAGAAAUCUUUAUUCGUAAAAAGGAUGCGAUGUUUCCCCUGAAUUCAUGUCAAUUGUCAGUAGAUGCUCAUUAUAAUUCCGCCAUUCAUCAUCUACAUGAAAUCUAGAAUUAAUCAGCAAGCUUAACUGAAGUAAAUUUACUCUCAAAAUAUUUACUGUUUUAACAGGUUGCUCUUUUCAUCACACAAUUUAUAUUUUGCGCAUGCGCUAGAAUUGGUUCUUUCCCGCAUAAUUUCCUUAUCCACUGCUGCCUUACACACGAAAAGUUUACAUAUUAAUUUGCUAAGCAUUAAUAUUUGAUGGUUUCUAAUUAAGUAAUUUUCCAAACUGAACGCACUUUUUCAACACCAAAAUAUCUGUUUAUUUGCUCUUCGAUUAAUAUUUGUUGAACAUGGAACUGCGCAGGAGAAAAGCUUAUCUUAAUUCAACUUGGCGCGGCUUGUCCAAACUGUUUGAAAUUUGAGUGCAAAGAAGCUUGUUUGUUCAGCAAACGUCCAAGUCUUAUCUUUGUUAUGCGAAUUAGUUGUCAAUUGAGGAGAAAGGUCAGCGAGUUUGUUACGGAGUCAAGUUUCACUGUUCAUUUCGUAAAUGUUUUGGCGGCACAGGCGAAGAAGUUGCGUGCAAAUUGUUUAGGCCUUUGUAGUUUGCUGGAGAAACCGGAACCCUGUCAGCAUGGCAACACCAGAAAAUGUAAACAAUGGCGGUUAUGAGAGCAUGGAAGGUGAUAGCAUCAAAGUAUUUGUAAGGGUGAGACCACCUGCAAAAACUCUUGAGCAAGAUGUGGACCAUAGUCUUUGUCUGGAAGUCACAUCGUCUAAGUCACUGGUGCUAUUUUCCAAGCCAGAGCCAAAGCAGUUCAGCUAUGAUCAUGUCGCAGACAUGAAUACAACCCAAGAAGAGGUUUUUUCUACCGUUGGAAAGAAGAUAAUCGAAGGUUGUGUUUAUGGUUACAAUGGCACCAUUUUUGCAUACGGGCAAACUGGCUCUGGUAAAACAUUUACAAUGCUAGGACCUCCCGAUGAUUCAGACAAUUUUUCACACGAGCUGCGUGGUGUAAUUCCCAGAGGAUUCGAGUAUAUGUUCAGCCUUAUUAAUCGGGAACAAGAAAAGCACGGAGAUCGCAAAGAAUUCAUCUGUAAGUGUUCUUUUCUGGAGAUCUACAAUGAACAAAUAUUCGAUCUUUUGGAUCCAGCCUCUGUUGGCUUGCACCUAAGAGAAGACAUCAAAAAGGGCGUUUUUGUUGAAGGACUGCAAGAAAGAGAUAUUAUCUCAGCAAAAGAUGCAUAUAAAGUACUGACUUCUGGAUGGAUGAACCGACGAGUGGCGUCGACAUCGAUGAACAGGGAGAGCAGUCGAAGCCAUGCUGUCUUCACUGUCUCAAUACAAUCGAAAGAAAAAAAGGGAGGCAUUGCAAAUAUCAAGGUCUCACGGCUUCAUUUGGUCGACCUUGCUGGAUCGGAAAGACAGAAAGACACUCGUACGGAGGGUGUGCGAUUAAAAGAAGCAGGCAACAUCAACCGAUCGUUAUCUGCUCUUGGUAAUGUCAUAAUGGCCCUUGUGGACAUAGCACAUGGGAAAACUAGACACGUGCAUUACCGAGAUUCCAAACUGACUUUCAUUCUCAGGGAUUCACUUGGCGGCAAUGCGAAAACUUAUAUUAUUGCAAAUAUUCAUCCGUCUGCAAAGUGUUUUGGAGAAACUUUAUCGACUUUAAACUUUGCAAGAAGAGCCAAGAUGAUAAAAAACAAGGCCAUCAUCAAUGAAGAUAUAACAGGAAAUGUCACCGAAUUACAAAUGGAGAUAAAAAAGUUGAAAGAUAUUAUUUCUCAACUAAAAGCUGGCGUUGUACCAGAAGGCGGGCUAAAAGAAGAUUCAGAAGAGGCUGAAACCCAAGAAGGGAAACCUUAUGCAGAGAAGAGGAAAACUGGCUCAGACGAAAAGGCACAGCAGUGGAAGGAACUGAUGCUGAAUGCUGUCUCGGAGAGGGAGAAGGCUGAACAAGAAAAACAGGUUUUACAAGAUAAAGUCCAGAAACUUGAAGAAAUGUGCAGUAGAAAAGACAAAUUUCUUCAAUCGACAAAAAUGAUUGUAAAAUUGAGAGAAAGCUACAUCGCCAAAUUAGAAAGAAUGAGAAAAAAAGAAAAGGGUGCCGAGGGAGAAGAAGAGGACACUAAAGAUCGGGAAAUGAAAUUACUAAGAGAGGAAAUCAAGAUAUUGCAGGAUAAAAUCGAACAUCAUCCUGAAGUGACAAGAUUUGCGUUAGAAAACCUAGAGCUUCGAGCUGAAUUAAAAAAGCUAAAAACGAUGGCUGCCGACAAUGCUUUUAAUGAUAGCAACAACAACGAGAUGGUGAAAGCCCAUCGAUAUACUCUGCAGUUAGAAAGGCAAAUUCGAGAUCUCAUGGCUUCAUCGCACGGAAAUGAUUCCGAGAAAAGUUUAUCAAGUUCUUUGCAAAGUCUAGAAGCUUCAAACGCGGAAGUAGAUCGACUGAAGGCGUCUUGUACACAAUUCCAAACAAAGUACGAAGCAUCUCAGCAGGAUUUGGCUCAAAGCCGUCAGGAAAUUCAACAGGCGCGAGAAGAACUCAUUGAGCAAUCGGAAAAGGCGAGGCGGAAAGAAUUAGAGCUUCAGUCAGAUCUGGUUGCUGCAAAAAAGUCUAUUUCAGAAUUAGAGAGAGCACUAGAAUCCUUCCAGCUGAAGACUGCCGUUGAAAGAACAACGAUGAACGACAUCCAUAUGCAAACGAUUAAGACUCUAACCUCGCCCCAAAGACUUGGAACACCGAUUAGAUUUGGCAGUACACACAAGUCCACGCCCUUGAGGACCAAAGACCUAAAGAAUGCGAGCAUGAAUGGAACGCCUAAAAAGAACUUAUUUAACAACGAUUCAACCGAAAAUACUGAUUCAAAUAUUAUUGACACAUCAAAAUCUACAACGUGUCAGUCAGGGACGAAGCAAAAUGGCACACUUCCUCGGCGCGAUAGCCUUAAUGAUAUAGAAGACGAGGAUGAAGAGAACCCCUUUUUUGAUUUUCAUUCUGAGACGAAAGAUGCGGAGGAGAUCUAUACAGAAGCUAUGAUGGAAGAGUUGAAACAGUUGCAGGCAGUCAUUGAUGAGCAUCACGAAAACCUGAAGAACGAGAAAUCAAAAGUUGUCAAAGUUAAUCAAAUAAACGCGAAAUUGCAGCAUCAAGUCAACGAAUUAAACGAGCUGUUAUCAAAAGAACGAUCUUCAUGGAAUACCAAAGAGUUUGAAAUCAAUUCACAAAUCACAGGUUUAUCGAGACAGUUCAAAGAAGAACAGGAUGAGAAACAAUUGCUGAAGAGCGAAGUGGAAGAUUUGAGGAUUCUGAUACAGGCUGCCGACAAAGAAGUCGAUUCUUUAAAACGAGCACGAAAUAAUGACGCAAUCGAAGGCGGUAGAAGAUAUGCAGGUCUGGAAAGCAAGUUGGUGAAAAUAGAGUCAAAUUAUUAUAACUUACAGAAUGAGCUCGAUGAAACUGCUCAACUAAACCAACAAUUACAGAGUGAUUUGGAAACCUGCAGAGAAGAGCUACAGUUUACGAAUCAUAAGAACAGAGAACUGGAAAUAAUUGUUUCUGUCGAAAGAGAAAAAGUUAAAAAUCUAGAUGGCAAGCUCAAGAAUGCACUGGAAAGGUUGGAAAUUGAAAUUGAGACAAACUUAAAACUAACACAAGAAGAUAAGCAAACGGAAGUGAUGCGAGCUCUUGAAGAAUCUAAAGAACUCAGGGACCAACUGGAUCAACUGAACAGUAAAUGUAAAUUGCAGGAAACAACAAUGGCGAAGAUUGGUAAAGAGCGUGACGAGCAGAUUGCAGAGGUCGUGCGUCUAAGUAGAGUCAAUGAAUCUGAAAACGAGGCUGUUAGCAACUUACGUAAAUGCGUGCAAGACCUUCGAGGCUCGUUAUCGGCAAAAGAAAACGAACUAGAACAAAUGUCGAGCCAGCUAGACGAAUCGAAACGAAUGUUUAACGAGUUAACCGCAGCAUAUGACGAAAAGAAAAAGAAAAUCUCUAGAUUAAAUGAAGCCUUAAAACAAGAAUCAAAUAUGUUAGAAAAAGAGAGGUCGGAAAAAGAUGUUGAGCUUAAACUUCUAAGGGAAGAGCUGCAAGUAGCAAAUGAUCAGUACAAAGAGCUGUCUGUUGCUCUAGAACAACAGCAGUCCCAACUAACACCGAUACAGACCGAAUUAGCUGAUGAAAGACAGCGUGUGAAGAACUUAGAGGAACAGAUUGAAGAAUUUAAUGAGAUGCACAAAGAAUCGAUUGUGCAGUAUGAGAAGCGUCUAACAGACAUUCAUGACCUAGUCGAUCCUAAGGACUUGUCAGUUGUCGAUUCACAAGCUGAAGAGAUGGGACGCAUGAAAGUCAAAUUAACAGAAUUCGUCAAGCUGUCUGAGAACUGGGAGAAUGACAGACAGGAUAAGAAUGUCAUUAUUGCGGAGCUCAAAGAACAGAUCGUUGGGUAUGAAGACUGGAAAAGUGAGAAACUGCUUUACGAAGAGAAGCACAAAUUGCUGGAAGAUGAGAUAGAAAUGGAGAAGAAGGCACGAAGUGAAAGAGAGGCAAGUCUUAACGCUGAACUUGGCAUCUUGAAGAAAAAUGUUGAAGCUAAGAAUGAACAGUACAUGGUCGCUGCGGCCGAGUUGGAGCAAUGCAAGGAAAUGAAGAAGAAGGUGGAUAUAGAACUAGCAAUGUUAAAAGGAAACUUGGAUAACGCACAGGAAGACAUUGAUUACAUGCAAGGAGAGCUGGAGCGCACUAGGAAACACGAGGAAAAAGUGUUUGAAGAAAAAGAGGAGUUGAAAUCACAGCUUUCUGUGGUGAUGGAAGAAAAGACAAAAUUGUCUCAGACCAAUGAUGAGCUGACGGAAAGAGCCAAGACUUUAGAAGCAGAAAAUGCGAAGCUUGCUAGUCAUCAGAACCUAAACCAAAAGAUAAAACAUCAUUUGAAUCUAAAGAAGGAAAAUAAUCAGCUGAAAGAGCAAAUUUCAAAACUCAGCAUCGAGGUUGUUCAUUGGAAGAAUAAAGCUCCGAAGACCUAAUUCUGCAUUCAGAUUUUGUAACAUAGUUUAUGUCCGUGGGAACAAUUUUUGUGGAGUAAAAGAAGAAUAAAAUCACAUAUUGUUAUCGAUUUUGACAACCAGCCCGACAACAAUGUACAGAAAUUCUCACUUGUAUCUUGAGUGAUUACCCUUUUCCCAUAUAGGACAUUUGAAACCCGUAAAUCUAUUCAACUUUCUGCUGGCUAUAGCCGUAAAUUUUAUGCAUUUAAAUGGUUUUUAAGUUAUCUGAUACGUAUCAUGUUCUCUAAAAAAUUUAUGUUUUCAUAUAAGCAGUUUAUAGCCGUUAUUUUAUGCUGGAAUUUCUGCUUGAAUCUCU